UUAAAACUGAUACAAUAUAUUAUACUACAGUGUGUAAUAUUUAGCUUUUAAGGAUAAGGAUUUGUCUAUGUUGUAUCGAAGUUAAACAUAAAACAACAUAUUACCUUUGUUUAAAAAAACUCAAAUAGCUGGAAAUUAAAGCUCAUUUUCGAAUCUGAUGAGGAAACACUUGUAAUGGUAAUAAGCACGAGCAUAGACUGUUUUUUAUCAUUUACAAAAAAACAAAAGGAAAUACAGGACAUACUUAAAAUCCGUUUGAUGAAAAAAUCACAAUCUUGACAGGUAUAUCAGGUUGCUAGAAGAAAUAUUUUGCAGAAAAACAACUUAGAAAGACACGGAAACCAUGAGAUUGCUAUAUUGUGCCGUUGUUGUCGCAUUUGCUUGUGUAUUCAGGAGAACAGAUGGACAUUAUGUACAUUGUGUGUCUAUACAAUGCAACAGUUGGCAGUACAAACUUGCUGUUUGCAGGGCUGAACAAUACAUCAACAGUAUACAUUUGGUGGCAAGACACUCUGUGAGUACAUGUGACAUCGAACAAAGCUAUGGGUUUUUUGGACAAUACGUUUGGGUAGAUCACGGAUGCCGCGCAACCUUUAAAAUAUGUGCUUAAACAAUAAAAUUGAACGAUGUAUCUAAGAAGAAAUAAACACUUGUCAAUAUUCAAUGAAAAUUCAACAGGACCUGUCUAAUAUCUAGUCUUCCUAAUUGCAGUGAUACAAAAUAUGCGACCGUUUAUCGUUUAGCUUGUGAUUUGUGCAGUCAUGUGUUUCGUAACAAAACAAAAUGCUUAGAAAUGAAACUGUAUGAAAAUUUACAGUUGCAAGGCAAACAAAGCUUACUUUCACAAAAGUAUAAUCGUUAAUAGUUUCUAAUAAGAAUGAUUCUGUGAAUUUCUGAAACCAGAAUGCUGCUUUCAUAUUUCUAAGACUUUGCGAUAUAUGAAUAUGUACCUUUAAGUAGAGAUGUACCUUUUUUGAAAAUACCAAAGUAGUCCCAGUUAUCAAUAAAGUAAAACAUAUAAAUAAAUUUCAAGAC